AGCUGCACGAAAGCAGAACAGCUGAAUAUAAAAUAUCGUGUAUUUAGUUUAAAUUAUUGAUUUUAAAGUAGAUUAUUAUUUAAGAAAUCAUGGGGGACUCCCUUGAAGGGAGCGAGAGUGCCCCAGAGGCGCAGAAUGUGGUCGUGGUCGACUUCCAAGACUUCGCAAAUUACCUGCGGCGAGCCGCAACGGUACUUUUGCCUGAAGACGACAUUGUACCACCGGCGCUGAAUGCCUCUCUCGAGGAUAAAGUGAACCAAGACUGCAUUAGGAAAUUCAUUUCCGACCCGCAAGUGUCUUCUUUGUACGUCCAACGGUUCUCCUCUAAAGAAGAUGACAAUGAGCAGCCCACAGAGGGGGAGGAAGAAAAAGAAGCUGUUACCUACCAGAUCAGUACGGAGGUACACUUCACCUCGCCCCGCGUGGCUGCCUUCGUCUGCAUCAAGAGAGGAGCAGUCAUUGAAGCUGAUAAGUCCAUUCACAGUCAGCUGCGUCUCAUCAACUUGUCCGAUGGCUCGCCAUACGAGACCCUGCAUGCUUUCAUCAGCAAGACCAUGGCUCCGUUCUUUAAGAGCUAUGUCAAAGAGAGUGGGAGAGCUGACAGGGAUGGAGACAAAAUGGCGCCAUCAGUUGAAAAGAAGAUAGCUGAGCUGGAAAUGGGCUUGCUGCACCUGCAGCAGAACAUCGACAUUCCAGAGAUCACCCUCCCAGUGCAUCCCCUUGUGGCUGCCGUCAUUAAAAGGGCGGCCGACGAAGGACGUAAGCCACGCGUGGCUGACUUCGGUGACAAAGUGGAAGACUCAACUUUCCUUAACCAACUUCAGAACGGCGUUAACCGCUGGAUUAAGGAAAUACAAAAGGUCACCAAGUUGGAUCGCGAUCCCUCCAACGGGACUGCACUGCAGGAGAUCUCAUUCUGGCUGAAUCUGGAAAGGGCCCUUCAUCGCAUUCAAGAGAAAAGAGAAAGCAUUGAGGUGGCUCUAACCCUGGAGAUCCUGAAAUACGGCAAGCGAUUCCACGCCACCGUGUCGUUUGACACAGACACCGGGCUUAAGCAGGCGCUAGCCACGGUGUCUGACUACAACCCGCUUAUGAAAGACUUCCCUAUCAAUGACCUGCUGAGUGCUACUGAGCUGGAGAGAAUCAGAUUGGCGGUGCAGCAGAUCUUCUCGCAUCUCCGCAAGAUUCGCUCCACGAAGUACCCCAUCCAGCGCGGAUUGAGGCUCGUCGAAGCUAUCUCUAGAGACCUCGGUCAACAACUCCUGAAGGUACUCGGUACGCGACGCCUCAUGCAUAUUCCCUUCGAGGAUUUCGAGCGAGUCAUGACACAGUGCUUCGAAGUUUUCUCUUGUUGGGACGACGAGUAUGAGAAACUGCAGGGUCUGUUACGUGAUAUUGUAAAGAAGAAGCGUGAUGAGCACCUAAAGAUGGUGUGGCGAGUCUCUCCCUCGCAUAAGCGGCUGCAGGCGCGCAUGGAGCAUAUGCGACGCUUCCGACGCCAUCACGAGCAAUUACGGACCGUCAUGCUGAGGGUACUCCGCCCCCGCGCUAACGUAGCCGCGGACCCCGCCGCAGGCGAGCCGGCGCAGCCCCUUUCCCUACCCAUGGACGCGGCCGACGCUAACGCCAUCGCCGAAGUCAACUUAGCCUAUGAGAAUGUUAAAGAAGUGGACUGUUUGGACAUUUCGAGAGAGGGUUGUGAUGCUUGGGAAGCCGCUGUUAGGCGAUACGAAGAUAGGAUCGAUCGUGUCGAGACCCGCAUCACGGCCCAUCUCCGCGAUCAGCUCGGAACAGCCAAGAACGCCAACGAAAUGUUCCGCAUCUUCUCUCGAUUCAACGCGUUGUUCGUGCGGCCACAUAUCCGAGGGGCGAUCAGGGAAUACCAGACCCAGCUCAUACAGAGAGUGAAGGAUGAUAUCGAGGCUUUGCACGAGAAAUUCAAGGUGCAAUAUCCUCAAUCGAAGUGCAGCCGCCUCUCUCUAGUGCGUGACUUGCCGCCUGUAGCCGGAUCCAUCAUCUGGGCCAAGCAGAUCGAUCACCAGCUGACUGCUUACUUGAAGAGAGUAGAGGAUGUCUUGGGUAAGGGAUGGGAAAACCACAUUGAAGGGCAGAAACUGAAAGCCGAUGGCGACAGCUUCCGUCUUAAAUUGGACACCCAAGAAGUUUUCGAUGACUGGGCUCGUAAGGUGCAACAACGCAACCUUGGUGUAUCCGGACGCAUCUUCGCGAUCGAAUCAGUCCGCGCACGCUCGUCCAAGACUGGCACCAUCCUGAAACUCAAGGUCAACUUCCUGCCCGAAAUCAUCACGCUCUACAAGGAAGUGCGCAACUUGAAGAACUUGGGAUUCAGAGUGCCUUUAGCUAUCGUCAACAAGGCUCACCAAGCGAACCAACUUUAUCCAUUCGCUAUAUCCCUUAUCGAGAGCGUGCGUACUUAUGAACGCACCCUAGAGAAGAUCCGCGACAAAGCAUCCAUAAUCCCCCUGGUGGCCGGCCUGCGUCGCGACGUACUCAACCAAGUGUCGGAGGGCAUGGCUCUCGUGUGGGAGUCCUACAAGCUAGACCCCUACGUGCAGAAGCUCAGCGAAGUCGUGCUGCUCUUCCAAGAGAAGGUUGAAGAUCUCCUAGCAGUCGAGGAGCAGAUCUCUGUGGACGCACGUUCGCUCGAAACAUGCCCAUAUUCGGCUCAGAGCCUUGCCGAGAUCCUGGGGCGGCUGCAGCGCGCUAUCGACGAUCUGUCGCUGCGUCAAUACAGCAACCUGCAUCUGUGGGUGCAACGCUUGGACGAGGAGGUCGAGAAGAGCCUAGCAGCUCGUCUGCAAGCCGGUGUGGAAGCGUGGACGGCGGCUCUCCUCGGCAAGAGCAACGAGUUGGACCUAUCCAUGGACACCUAUUCCCCGGCUGAGCCUACGCACAAACCUGGCGGCGAGCCUCAGAUCGCGCGUGUAGUCCACGAGGUGCGCAUCACGAACCAGCAGAUGUACUUAUUCCCAUCUCUGGAAGAAGCUCGCUUCCAGCUCAUGCGGCAGAUGUUCGCGUGGCAGGCCGUCGUUACUAGCCAGCACCGCCUGCAGAGUACUAGAUAUCAGGUGGGCGUAGCUCGCGCCCAAACCGCGACGUACAGGAACUUGCUGACCAAGCUGCCCGGCCAGGCUGCCCCGCUCGAGAACGCCUACGACGCCAUCGAGCAGAAGAUCUCGCAGGUCCGCGAGUACGUCGACGAGUGGCUGCGUUACCAAGCUCUGUGGGACUUGCAACCCGAAACGCUGUACGGUCGUCUUGGUGAAGACAUCACUUUGUGGAUCAAGUGCCUCAACGAUAUCAAGAAAUCCCGCACUACCUUCGACACAUCCGACACCCGUCGCGAAUACGGCCCCGUAGUCAUCGACUUCGCUCGCGUACAGAGCAAGGUUGCUCUCAAAUACGACGCCUGGCACAAAGAGGUUCUCGGGAAAUUCGGCGCGUUGCUCGGAGGAGAGAUGGUGCAUUUCCAUGGACAACUAGCUAAGUCACGCUCGCAGUUGGAACAGCAGACUAUCGAGGCAGCGUCUACUAGCGAUGCCGUAUCCCUUAUUACAUACGUGCAACAGCUAAAGAGGGAGGUGCUUGCUUGGGAGAAGCAAGUUGACAUAUACAGAGAGGCGCAGCGCAUCUUGGAACGUCAAAGAUUCCAGUUCCCAGCACAGUGGUUGCAUGUUGAUAACAUCGAAGGAGAAUGGAGCGCGUUCAACGAAAUUAUGCGCAGAAAGGAUUCGUCUAUCCAGACUCAAGUCGCAUCUCUCCAACAAAAGAUCGUAGCCGAAGACAAAGCCGUCGAGACUCGUACACUAGAGUUCCUUACCGAGUGGGAGCGAAGCAAGCCCACCGAUGGCUCUACUCGCCCCGAGGACGCUCUCGCGAGACUCCAGGCUAUGGAGACGAGAUAUACUAAGCUGAAGGACGAGAGAGACAAUGUGGCUAAGGCCAAGGAGGCUUUAGAGCUGCAUGAUACAGGAAGCUCAGUGAACAACGAGCGUAUGACUGUGGCGCUAGAAGAACUGCAAGACUUGCGCGGCGUGUGGUCCUCGCUCAGCAAGAUCUGGACUCAGAUCGACGACAUCCGCGAGAAACCGUGGCUCUCCGUACAGCCUAGGAAACUCAGGCAACAGCUGGAAGCCAUGCUCAACGAGCUCAAGGAACUGCCAGCGCGUCUCCGCAUGUACGACAGCUACGAAUACGUUCGCAAACUUCUGCACUCUUACACUAAGGUCAACAUGUUGAUCGUCGAGCUUAAAUCCGACGCCUUGAAAGAGCGUCACUGGCGUCAACUCUGCCGCGCGCUGAAAGUCGACUGGUCGCUCUCUGAACUGACUCUUGGACAAGUGUGGGACGCGGACCUGCUACAUAAUGAGCACACAGUCAAGGAUGUGGUGUCUGUUGCUCAGGGAGAGAUGGCUCUUGAGGAGUUCCUCAAGCAGGUUCGCGAGUCUUGGCAGAGCUAUGAGCUAGACCUGAUCAACUACCAAAACAAGUGCAAAAUUAUCCGCGGCUGGGACGACCUGUUCAACAAAGUCAAGGAGCAUAUCAACAGCGUUGCUGCUAUGAAACUGUCGCCUUAUUAUAAGGUAUUCGAAGAAGAAGCUCUCACUUGGGAAGAAAAGCUGAACCGCAUCAACGCUCUAUUCGAUGUAUGGAUUGACGUGCAGCGUCGCUGGGUGUACCUCGAAGGCAUCUUCAGUGGCUCGGCCGACAUCAAAACGCUGUUGCCGGUUGAGACUAGCCGCUUCCAGAGCAUCAGUUCCGAGUUCCUCGGGUUGAUGAAGAAAGUGAGCAAAUCCCCGAUGGUGAUGGAUGUGCUCAACAUCCCAGGUGUACAGCGCUCGCUUGAGCGGCUGGCUGACUUGCUGGGCAAGAUCCAGAAGGCGCUUGGAGAAUACCUUGAGAGGGAGAGAAGUAGCUUCCCCAGAUUCUAUUUCGUGGGAGACGAGGACUUGCUGGAAAUCAUCGGCAACAGCAAGAACAUCGCUCGCCUGCAGAAGCACUUCAAGAAGAUGUUCGCUGGCGUCGCCGCCAUUAUUCUUAACGAGGAUAACACGGUCAUCAAUGGUAUCGCGUCCCGAGAGGGAGAAGAGGUGUACUUCCUAUCGCCAGUCUCCACAAUUGAGAACCCGAAGAUCAACUCCUGGCUAUCCAUGGUGGAGCGAGAGAUGCGCGUGACCCUGGCUUGCAGGCUCAAGGACGCCGUCGGAGACGUCAAGCAGUUCAAAGAUGGGAAUGUCGACCCGCAGAAGUUUAUUGAUUGGUGCGAUAAAUAUCAGGCCCAAAUCGUAGUCCUAGCCGCGCAGAUCCUCUGGUCCGAAGACGUGGACGCGGCCCUAUCCGCAGGCGGCGGCGAAGGCCUCAAGAAAGUCCUCACUCAUGUGGAGAACAUGCUCAACAUCCUCGCGGACUCCGUGCUGCAGGAGCAACCUCCGCUCAGGAGGAGGAAGCUGGAACACUUGAUCAACGAGUUCGUCCACAAGCGAACCGUGACGCGUCGCCUGAUCGCCUCGGAUGUGAACAGCGCGCGCUCCUUCGAGUGGCUUUGCGAGAUGCGCUUCUACUUCGACCCUAGGAACAACGAUGUCCUUCAACAACUCACCAUCCACAUGGCGAACGCUAAAUUCCUGUACGGUUUCGAGUACCUCGGCGUCCAAGACCGGCUGGUGCAGACCCCGCUGACAGACCGCUGCUAUCUGACCAUGACACAAGCUUUGGAAGCCCGUCUCGGAGGCUCGCCAUUCGGGCCGGCCGGUACCGGCAAGACUGAAUCCGUGAAGGCUCUCGGUAACCAGCUGGGUCGCUUCGUGCUGGUAUUCAAUUGCGACGAGACAUUCGACUUCCAGGCUAUGGGCCGUAUCUUCGUCGGUCUGUGCCAGGUUGGCGCAUGGGGUUGCUUCGACGAGUUCAAUCGUCUUGAGGAGAGAAUGUUGUCAGCCGUAUCACAGCAGGUGCAGACCAUCCAGGAGGCACUCAAGAGCCAUCAGGAGGGGGACAAUACUGCUAAAUCCAUAACCGUAGAGCUGGUAGGCAAGCAAGUGCGCGUCAGCCAAGACAUGGCCAUAUUCAUCACAAUGAAUCCCGGUUACGCUGGCCGCUCCAACCUGCCCGACAACUUGAAGAAACUCUUCCGCAGCUUGGCUAUGACCACACCUGAUCGGCAGCUGAUCGCUGAAGUCAUGUUGUUUAGCCAGGGCUUCAGGACUGCGGAGAAGUUGGCUUGCAAGAUUGUGCCGUUCUUCAAACUCUGCGACGAACAACUGUCGAACCAGUCUCACUACGACUUCGGUCUUCGUGCCCUCAAGUCUGUGCUCGUAUCUGCUGGUAACGUCAAGCGCGACCGCAUCCAGAAAAUCAAGGAGAACCUAAUCGAGCGUGGCACUGAAGUUCCCGACGAGGCAUCCAUCGCCGAGUCUUUGCCCGAACAGGAUAUCCUCAUACAAUCUGUCUGCGAGACCAUGGUGCCUAAGCUGGUCGCAGAAGACAUCCCGCUACUGUUCUCGCUUCUCAACGAUGUCUUCCCUAAUGUUGGGUACACCAGGGCUGAGAUGACUGGUCUGAAGAACGAGAUCCGUGCGGUUUGUGCCGAAGAGUUCCUAGUCUGUGGUGAAGGCGACGAGCAAGGCUCCACAUGGAUGGAAAAGGUACUGCAACUAUAUCAGAUCUGCAAACUGAACCAUGGUCUGAUGAUGGUCGGGCCAUCUGGCAGCGGCAAAUCUACCGCGUGGCGCGUGCUGCUCAAGGCUUUGGAAAGAUUCGAAGGCGUUGAAGGAGUAGCUCACGUGAUAGACCCGAAGGCGAUGUCAAAGGAGACGUUGUACGGUGUAUUAGACCCCAACACUCGCGAAUGGACCGACGGAUUGUUCACGCACAUUCUCAGAAAAAUCAUUGACAACGUUCGUGGCGAGAUCAACAAGCGCCAAUGGAUCAUAUUCGACGGCGAUGUGGACCCCGAGUGGGUGGAGAACUUGAACUCAGUGCUGGAUGAUAACAAGCUACUCACACUGCCCAAUGGCGAGCGUCUGUCGCUGCCACCUAAUGUCCGGGUCAUGUUUGAGGUCCAAGAUCUUAAAUAUGCUACCCUUGCUACGGUAUCGCGUUGCGGUAUGGUUUGGUUCUCUCAGGACGUACUUACCACAGAGAUGAUCUUCGAAAACUAUCUGUUGAGAUUGAGAAACAUUCCUCUGGAGGAUGGUGAAGAAGAUUCUUUCAGCAUCGUGAUGGCCGCUCCAGCUGCGGGUGGUGACCAGAAUGCCACGGAAAACAUCUUGUCUCCAGCUUUACAGACUCAACGCGACGUGGCCAUGAUUCUCCAACCCCUAUUCUUCGGCGAUGGCUUAGUUGUGAAAUGUUUCGAACGCGCCGUCUCGCUCGAUCACAUCAUGGACUUCACUCGCCAUCGCGCGCUAUCUUCCUUACACUCCAUGUUGAACCGCGGUGUUAGGAACAUUCUCGCCUACAACCGCCAGCAUCCCGACUUCCCAGUAACGAACGAACAGUUGGAAGCUUACGUGCCGAAAUGGCUUGUCUACUCCCUUCUUUGGUCCUUUGCUGGUGACGCUAAACUCAAGGAUCGAAACGAGUUGGGUGACUUUAUAAGAUCAGCAAGUACUAUGCCUUUGCCUAACUGCGGGCCAAAUCAACACAUCAUUGACUUUGAGGUGUCGAUCACCGGUGAAUGGGUGCCGUGGUCAGCCAAGGUUCCGCAGAUCGAAGUAGAGACGCAUAAGGUCGCUGCGCCCGACGUGGUAGUUCCCACGCUCGACACUGUGCGCCAUGAGGCCCUGCUGUACACCUGGCUCGCCGAACACAAGCCACUGGUACUAUGCGGCCCGCCCGGUUCCGGUAAAACCAUGACGCUAUUCUCCGCGCUUCGAGCGCUGCCCGACAUGGAGGUGGUCGGCCUUAACUUCUCGUCAGCCACUACCCCUGAACUGCUGCUGAAGACCUUCGAUCACUACUGCGAGUAUAGAAAGACUCCUAAUGGCGUUGUGUUGGCACCUGUUCAGCUGGGCAAAUGGCUGGUGUUGUUCUGUGAUGAGAUCAACUUGCCUGACAUGGACCAGUACGGCACGCAGCGCGUCAUAUCUUUCCUGAGACAGCUGCUUGAGCACAAAGGCUUCUACAGAGCGAGCGAUCAUUCUUGGGUCCACUUGGAGCGCAUACAGUUCGUAGGUGCUUGCAACCCGCCGACUGACCCGGGCCGUAAGCCGCUCUCACACCGACUGCUGCGGCAUGUACCCGUCAUCUAUGUGGACUACCCUGGAGAGACCUCACUCGAACAGAUUUACGGAACUUUCACCCGAGCCAUGCUCCGCAUGCAGCCCGCUCUUCGCGGUUACGCUGAACCGUUGACUCAAGCCAUGGUGAAACUAUACCUGGCUUCACAAGAACGCUUCACACAAGACAUGCAACCGCACUACGUAUACUCGCCUAGAGAAAUGACCAGAUGGGUGCGAGGCAUCUGUGAGGCUAUCAGACCCCUUGACAACUUGAACGUGGAAGGCCUAGUAAGACUGUGGGCGCACGAGGCUCUCCGUCUCUUCCAAGAUCGAUUGGUUGAGGAGACCGAAAGGCAAUGGACCGAUGAGAACAUCGACACUGUUGCCAUGAGAUUCUUCCCAGGUAUCAACCGCGAGCAAGCAUUGGCGCGUCCAAUCCUGUACAGCAACUGGCUCAGCAAGGAUUACGUACCAGUCGAGAGGGAUCAACUGCGUGAAUACGUCAAGGCCCGACUGAAGGUGUUCUACGAAGAAGAGUUAGACGUACCUCUCGUCCUCUUCGAUGAAGUAUUGGACCACGUUCUGCGUAUCGACCGUAUCUUCCGUCAGCCGCAAGGGCACUUGCUGCUCAUUGGAGUCUCCGGCGCUGGCAAGACAACCCUCAGUCGCUUCGUCGCUUGGAUGAACGGGCUUAGCAUCUUCCAGAUCAAGGUGCACAAUAAAUACACGGGAGCGGACUUCGACGAGGACCUUCGUUCAGUGCUCCGCCGCGCCGGCUGUCGCGACGAAAAGGUUGCCUUCAUUCUGGACGAGUCUAACGUGCUAGACAGCGGCUUCUUAGAGCGUAUGAACACAUUGCUCGCUAACGGAGAGGUGCCCGGUUUGUUCGAAGGCGACGAGUUCGCGGCGCUCAUGACUCAGUGCAAGGAGGGCGCGCAGCGAGAGGGCUUGAUGCUCGACUCCAACGACGAACUCUACAAGUGGUUCACUGGACAAGUGAUGCGCAACUUGCACGUAGUGUUCACGAUGAAUCCUUCCUCGGAGGGUCUGAAGGACCGCGCGGCGACCUCGCCUGCGCUAUUCAACCGCUGUGUGCUCAACUGGUUCGGAGACUGGAGCGAUGGAGCUCUGUUCCAGAGUUGUAUAAGUACUGAAGGCAGUCUGGUACCCGUCUACGACAUAAACUGCAUUCCACAUUACCUCGACUUCAUCCAACAAAUGGUGAAAUUGUACGCCGAAAAACGAGCGGACUUGGAAGAGCAGCAGCUCCAUCUGAACGUGGGUCUCGGCAAAAUUGCAGAAACCGUGGAACAGGUCGAAGAAAUGCAGAAGAGUCUAGCUGUCAAGUCGCAGGAAUUACAACAAAAGAACGAAGCCGCCAACGCCAAGCUGCGGCAAAUGGUUAAGGACCAACAAGAAGCCGAGAAAAAGAAAGUCGAGAGCCAGGAAAUUCAGGUCGCUCUAGAGAAGCAAACCAAGGAGAUCGAAGCGAAACGCCGCGACGUCAUGGCCGACCUGGCGCAGGUCGAGCCCGCCGUCAUCGAGGCGCAAAACGCUGUCAAGUCGAUAAAGAAGCAGCACUUGGUGGAAGUGCGGUCUAUGGGCAACCCGCCGGCGAUCGUGAAGGUGGCCCUAGAGUCUAUUUGCCUGCUCCUGGGCGAGAACGCGACUGAUUGGAAGGCCAUCCGAGCAGUGAUUAUGCGCGAGAACUUCAUCAACAGCAUCGUCUCCAACUUCUCUACUGAGGACAUAACUGACGAUGUGCGCGAGAAGAUGAGGACCAGGUACUUGAGCAACCCGGACUACAACUUCGAGAAGGUCAACCGGGCCAGUAUGGCUUGCGGGCCUAUGGUCAAAUGGGCUAUCGCUCAGAUCGAAUACGCGGACAUGUUGAAACGCGUGGAGCCACUCCGUAAUGAACUCCGCGCUCUCGAAGAGCAAGCUCAAACUAACGUGACGGCGGGCGACGAAGUGCGUGAGCUGAUCGCACAACUGGAGAAGUCUAUCGCGAGCUAUAAGGAAGAAUAUGCUCAGCUCAUUAGUCAGGCGCAGGCUAUCAAGACUGAUCUUGAGAACGUGCAGGCCAAGGUCGACAGAUCUAUCGCCCUCCUGAAGAGUCUCGUAAUUGAGCGCGAGCGCUGGGAGGCGAGCUCCGAAACGUUCCGCUCACAAAUGAGCACCAUUGUAGGAGACGUACUACUCUCCGCUGCCUUUAUCGCUUAUGGCGGUUACUUCGAUCAACAUUACCGUCAAAAUCUGUUCUCAACAUGGACCGCCCACCUCGCCGCGGCGAACAUCAAGUACCGCGCGGACAUCGCUCGCACCGAAUAUCUCAGCAACCCUGACGAGCGCCUGCGCUGGCAGGCCAACGCUCUGCCCACGGACGAGCUGUGUGUCGAAAACGCCAUCAUGCUGAAGCGCUUCAACCGUUACCCACUCAUCAUCGAUCCGUCAGGCCAAGCGACGGAGUUCAUCAUGCGCGAAUUCAGAGAACGCAAGAUCACAAAGACGUCUUUCCUUGACGAUUCCUUCCGCAAGAACCUCGAGUCGGCGCUGCGUUUCGGCAACCCACUGCUUGUGCAGGAUGUGGAGAAUUACGACCCGAUCUUGAACCCGGUGCUGAACCGGGAGCUGCGUCGCACGGGCGGUCGCGUGCUCAUCACGCUUGGGGACCAGGAUAUCGAUCUCAGCCCCUCGUUUGUCAUCUUCCUCUCCACAAGGGACCCAACGGUGGAGUUCCCGCCAGACAUGUGCUCGCGAGUGACAUUCGUCAACUUCACUGUGACUCGCUCCUCCCUGCAGUCCCAGUGUCUGCACCGCGUGCUCAAGGCUGAACGUCCCGACAUUGACACUAAGCGUUCCGACCUGCUCAAACUUCAAGGUGAAUUCCACCUACGUCUGCGUCAGCUGGAGAAGUCUCUCCUGCAAGCGCUCAACGACGCUAAGGGCAAGAUUUUGGACGACGAUUCUGUCAUCGCUACGCUUGAGACGCUCAAGAAAGAGGCCGACGACAUCGGACAAAAGGUUGAAGAAACUGACAAAGUCAUCGCUGAAAUCGAGACUGUCAGCCAGCAGUACCUACCUCUGUCUCAAGCAUGCAGCAGCAUCUACUUCACGAUGGAGUCGCUGAACCAAGUCCACUUCCUGUACCAAUACUCGUUGAAGAUGUUCCUGGACAUCUUCAGCUCUGUACUGGUGUGUCCGCUGCUCAACGGCGUGUCGGACUAUACUGCCCGGCUCAGCAUCAUCACUGAGGAGCUGUUCACGGUGGUGUACGAGCGCGUAGCCCGCGGCAUGCUUCACACGGACCGCCUCACAUUCGCUCUCCUACUCUGCCGCAUCCAUCUGAAGGGAACUGGAGCAGAAGACACUCUAGACCAGCCCUUCGCUACAUUCCUGCGAGGCAAGGAGGGCUUCGUGUCACACUGCGCGCCGCUCGAGCCACUCACGCAGCAUCAACAUGAUGCCGCUGCAAGACUUAGCUCUAGGCUGGUGGCGUUCCGUCGGCUGCUGGAGAAGGCGGGCGAGCUGCCCGAGCUGGCGGCGUGGCUGGCGCAGGCGGCGCCGGAGCAGUGCGUGCCGACGCUGUGGGACGCCAGCCCCAGCGCGCCGCCGCCGCCGCACGCGCUCGCCAUGUACCGCCUGCUGCUCAUACAGGCGUUCCGCCCGGACCGCGUGAUCGCAGCAGCCACUCAACUGGUCGCGGCAGUGCUAGGCGCUGGAUUCAUGGCUAAAGCUGAAACGGAGUUCGACCUCGCCUCCAUCACCGAGCACCAACUUAAUGCCACCACGCCCGCGCUGCUAUGCUCCGUGCCAGGAUACGAUGCCAGCGGUCGUGUGGACGAUAUGGCGACGGAGUUGAAUAAACCGCUGUCGAGCAUCGCCAUCGGCUCUGCAGAAGGUUUCAACCAGGCUGAGCGUGCCAUCAACACCGCUUGCAAGACUGGCCGAUGGGUGAUGCUAAAGAACGUACACCUCGCUCCUGUGUGGCUCGUGCAGCUCGAGAAGAAACUCCACUCCCUGCAGCCCCAUCCCAACUUCAGGCUGUUCCUCACCACCGAGAUCAGUCCCAAACUGCCAGUCAACCUGCUGAGGGCCGGUCGAGUACUCGUGUUCGAGCCCCCACCAGGCAUCCGGGCUAAUCUGCUGAGGACCUUCGCCACGGUCCCUGCUGCCCGCAUGAUGAAGCCUCCUUCAGAACGCGCGCGUCUAUACUUCUUACUGGCUUGGUUCCAUGGCAUCGUCCAAGAGCGUCUUCGCUACGUGCCUCUGGGCUGGGCCAAGUACUACGAGUUCAAUGAGUCCGACCUUCGCGUGGCUUGCGACACGCUCGACACCUGGAUUGAUGCCACAGCUAUGGGCCGCACCAACCUGCCUCCAGAGAAGGUUCCAUGGGAGGCGCUAGUGACGCUCCUCUCGCAGUGCAUCUACGGAGGCAAGAUCGACAACUUGUUCGACCAACGGUUACUGCAUUCGUUCUUGUGCAAGUUGUUCACGCCGAGGUCGUUCGAGGCUGACUUCGCGCUGGUCGCUAAUGUUGAUGGGGCAAGCGGUAACCAGAGGCACAUCACUAUGCCUGACGGAAACCGUCGCGACCACUUCCUCAAGUGGAUCGAAGAGCUGUCCGACAGGCAGACUCCGUCCUGGCUUGGAUUGCCUAACAACGCUGAAAAGGUGUUGCUGACGACGGAAGGCAGCGACCUGGUGUCGAAGCUGCUAAAGAUGCAGCAGUUGGAGGACGAGGAGGAGCUCGCCUACAACGCGGCGACGCAGGACGACAAUGCGUUGGUAAUCGAGGGAGAUGGCCGCCCGGCUUGGAUGAAGUCCCUUCACCAGACGGCUACUGGAUGGCUGCAGCUCCUGCCUGAGAAAUUACCGACACUGCGCCGUACGGUAGAGAACAUCAAAGAUCCGCUGUACCGCUUCUUCGAGCGCGAGGUCGCCGCCGGCGCUUCGCUGUUGGCUCAAGUGCACCACGACCUCAGGAACGUGCUCGCUAUCUGUCAGGGCGAGAUGAAACAAACAAACGAGACGCGCUCCAUGGUAGGCGCGCUCGUCCGCGGCAUGCUGCCGGCCGCGUGGAAGCGCUACGCGGUCGCGCGCGGCUGCACCGUGCGGCAGUGGGUGGGCGACUUUGCGCGCCGCGUGCAACAACUCGCUGCUGUCUCCGAGUGUGUGGCCGCCGACGCUGGAGCCAGACGACUACAGAGCAUUCCUGUAUGGCUUGGAGGUCUCCUAAACCCGGAGGCGUAUAUCACGGCCACCCGUCAGUGCGUGGCGCAGGCUAACUCUUGGUCGCUUGAAGAACUGCAUCUACAGGUGACUAUUCCGGAACCGGGCACAGAAGCCACGGACGCGACCGAAUGGUCGUUCCAAGUGACCGGGCUCAAGCUUCAGGGCGCAACGGUGAAGGGCAACCGGCUGCUACUCACCAACACCAUCAUGGUCGACCUGCCUCUUACUGUGCUCACGUGGAUACGCGGACCGGAGAGCAGCACGGCAGCCGCGGGCGGGCAGGCGCUCACUCUCCCCGUGUACCUGAACAGCGCGCGCUCCGAGCUGCUGUUCACCGUGCGCCUGCCCAUCGCGCCCGGCCAGGAGCCGCACGCCUUCUACGAGCGCGGCGUAGCUCUACUCACAUCCACGGCACUCAACUAGAUCCUUCACAACAUGUCUCGGGACGUCGCUUGAGCGAACCCAUAAGGCCGAUAACAUGUCAUUGUUGACUGGCCUCUUAUCUCGAGCAAAAAGUUGGUGCCUGGCAAAGCUUCCAUGUGAAAACAAACUUCGUCAUUCGUCUUUAUAAACUAUGACAAAGAAUACUUCUGUAAACUAUCGGAAACACUGAAUAGACUAGUAAACUAUAGUUAACUUGUAGUAGGCCAGUUUUCUGAUAUCAAAUAUCUAUUCUAACCGGGGUCGUCCUACCCUAAUAGUGUCUCGAGACAUGUGCAUAACGCAGCUGUUAGUAAAAUUAAAAGAUUAUAAUGAGUUGAUUUAUAACCUUGAUAAAGUAUUAAAGAAACCCAGAUCUUGUUAUCCAGAGUAUUGUAUGAAAACUCAGCUUUGCUCUAAGCACUAAUGGUAUUUAUGUAUUUAAGCUUACACGCAUAUUUAUUCUGGUAAUAAAUUGUAAUCACUAUAAAUGCAAAUAAAAAUUAUAAUAAAA